AUGGCGGACCGUUACUCGUUCUCGUUGACCACCUUCUCGCCCAGCGGGAAGCUGGUGCAGAUUGAAUAUGCCUUGAACGCCGUCAACCAGGGUGUCACUGCUAUCGGAAUCAAAGCAACGAACGGAAUUGUGCUUGCUACCGAAAAGAAGUCAUCAUCGCCGCUCAUUGAUCCUCCUUCCCUCUCCAAGAUUUCCUUGAUCACACCGGACAUUGGCAUGGUCUAUGCGGGAAUGGGUCCCGACUACCGUGUUCUUGUUGAUAAGGCACGGAAGGUUUCCCACACUGCUUACAAGCGGAUCUACAACGAAUACCCCCCGACUCGGAUUCUCGUGCAAGAUGUCGCCCGUGUCGUGCAAGAAGCAACACAGUCUGGUGGUGUCAGGCCAUACGGUGUUAGCUUGUUGAUUGCAGGAUGGGAUGAGGGUGUUGAGCCCAACACAGGAGAGGCUCAGCGGGGUGACGAUGAAGAUGAUGUCAAGAAGGCGACUGGCCAGACCGGGGGUAUUCUCAAGGGCGGCCCAAGCUUGUAUCAGGUUGACCCCAGCGGUAGUUACUAUCCCUGGAAGGCGACGGCCAUUGGCAAGCACGCAACCAGCGCAAAAACAUUCCUUGAGAAGCGGUACACCGAAGAGCUGGAGCUUGAAGACGCCAUUCAUAUUGCUCUGCUGACUCUGAAGGAGAGCAUUGAGGGUGAAAUGAACGGUGACACAAUAGAGCUCGGCAUUGUUGGUGACCCUGCCGAUAGCCUGCUGGGCUACGAAGGUGUUGAGGGGGCCCGGGGACCGCGGUUUAGGAAGUUGACGAAGGAGCAGAUUGAGGAUUAUCUCAGCCAUCUAUGA